AUGAGCACUCAGCAGACUUCAAACACUCGACCUUGCCGUUGUGGAUCCAUAUCCCACCAACGUACUUCUAAUUCUUCUUGCCGUCUCAAUGCUCGCAAUCUACGCCCUCAAUUGCAUAGCCAAGAGGAAGCUAAUACACGCAAUACACGCAAUACACGUCGUCGACUGAAUGAUGAAGAGGAAGCUAAUACACGCAAUACACGUCGUCGACUGAAUGAUGAAGAGGAGGCUGAUACACGCAAUACACGCAAUACACGUCGUCAACUGAAUGGUGAAGAACAACCCAACGAGCCAUCAAUUGCAAGCAUAAAUAAUGCACCUACCAAUCCCACUCGGUUGUGCCCUCAAUGCAAUUCUCCAACACAUCGUAGUCGACGCAGUGCUCAAUGCCCCUUCAAUCGUGACAACAUCGUGUCCGAACAUGGUGCACAAUACAAGUUGGCAUGUCAUGCUGAUUCAUUCUUGCCGGAGCAUGUAUAUGGUCCCAAUGUCUCCCAGCAACCAGAUGCAACAUACCGGCGUCACACAUUCCCAGCAAUGGAUGUAUCAUGUCCAUUUUGUGGUGCCCUAAUGUGGAUGGAAGAGAAGGUGGUGGGAUCAAGCAGAAUAAAUCCGCGUUUCGCUCUUUGUUGUUCGCAAGGGAACACACGCUUACCUAUCCCAAAUGAGCCUCCAAGUGAAAUUAUCGACCUCAUCACAGCUGAUCGCACGUCAAGAAACCAGAGCCAUGUCAAUUUCAUGAACAACAUCAGAGCCUAUAACUCCAUGUUUGCGUUUUGUUCAAUCAAAGCCAACUACGAUAGGCGACUGGCUGAUGGCUCUGAUGGUGUACCCACUUAUCGUAUCAAUGGCACCAUGUACCACCAUAUGGGAGCUCUCUCAGCACGAGAAGGCCAAGAACCUAAAUUCUCCCAGAUCUAUUUUUUGGAUGAACAAGAACAAAUGGCUCGCCGAACAACACUUUUUUCGGGAUUGGAUAACGAGAUUAUCGAGAUGUUGCAACGAUUGAUUUCAACAGUGAACCCGAUGGCGUUGCGUUUUCGAAGUGCAUACGAAAUCCACAGCAACAAUCCUGUCAGCGAAGUCCAAGUUGUCAUCAAAUCUGCACGUCAACUAGGACGUCGUUUUGACACCCCAACAUGCGCAGAGGUGGCAGCUGUACCUGUUGAAAACGCCGUGGAUGGAUCGAUAGAGCCAUACGAUAUUGUUGUCAGUAACCGUCAAGGAGGACUUCUUCAAAUCAUCAACUCUCUCCACAAGUCGUAUAUGGCAUUGCAUUAUGUCUUGAUGUUCCCAUAUGGCGAUGAUGGGUGGUUCCAUACUAUGACAUUGCUCUAUUAA